UCAGUCAAAAUAGAUGGUCCUUGAUGCACUGCAUCAUUGUUUCGCAUAUGCUAGAUAGUUUACCGAACAACUGUUGAAUGAUGUACUGAAGGGGUUCAAGGUAAAAUUCUGAAAUUUGCCAUGCAUAAUUAACCUAUGAAUUUAUCAGUUCACCUGUGAUGAAUUCAGUGAGUCAAUUAACCUGUGCAUUUAUGUCAUAACCAUCUCAAAAUGGUGCUGACUCGUGUUUGGGAAUGGGAUAAUCGUGUUCAGCUUUUUCAAAUGUAAUACAGACUGUUCAGUAAAUGUCCCUGGUAAUACAGAAUCAGAAGAAUCUGGGUGGGAAGCUGCAUCUGAUCAGACACCAGCAUUGCUGAGUUGCAUUUCAACUUUUUGCCAUGUAUACUGACUUUUUUUCUCCCAAUGUAGUACUGUUGUACUAGGAACGUGAAGGUGGGAGGUAGGAAUUUGGAAAGAUUAAUUUAAACAUCAAAGAAAUACCUACUCACAGAAAGCCAGUAAUUUUUAGGAGUCAUAGUACUUUUGUGUCAGUGGUUUCAGAUGUUAUAGUUAUUCAUAUUUGUUAUUUUCUUUUCUGAGGACUUGAAAGCCCUUGAUAGCGUGUGAGAAUUUCUAAUUGCCUGAGAGCUGAGAGUAGCUAUCAUGAUGGGAGGGGAGCAGCAGGUGAAGAGAACCAGCCUUGUUCUCUUUAUUCCACUUAUUUUUGUAUGAACUACGUAUAACGGCCUUCAGAAAAUCAAACUCUGCUUUCUUCUGAGUACAUUGAUAAGAGCUGUUUGCUGGGCAGGCAGGUUGGGUUGGUUCUUUUGCAGCCCUUCAUCUGCUGGUCUCAGCUGUGGGGAUGAGGAAGAAGUGGUAAUUCUACAUGCAGAGUUUUACUGCAGGACUUUCCAAGAGCAGAGAUGGUUGCCACUUCUUCUUUGGCUCCAUAUUCCCACUGACAAUGUUGAGUGACAUGAAACUUGCUUCUGACACGGAACUUUUUCAACACCUUUAAGAUCUCUGUGUUGGGUGAUAGAGAAAUUCAUUGACAUGGAGGUUUCUUGUGGACCUUCUUCUCUAGCUAAAUUCUAUUCUGAGGAAGUAUUGUAUGAGGCAGAAGUGUGGAGACUGUAGUACUCAUCUUGAAAGUUUUAGGUGGUAGUUAAAUUCCGGGAAGCCUCUACUAAAAGAAGAGCAGAAUAUGUGGUUAUCUGAGACUUUCUCAGUUGUCACCGGCUAGCCCCUAAUGUAGUGGUAUUGUAGUGCACUUCGAGUGAUCUGAAACCAGUAGGAAGUGAUGUGUUAUUAAAUGCACACUAAGGUUUUUAAUCGUCCUCCCACAAAAAAUACGGAAUUUAUUUCCUUCUGAUAAUACUUGUUAAAAGUUUUUUCUUAUCACUGCAAGCAGUACAAGCCAGUUCAUAGUAUCAGGCUUGUGCAACUACAUUUCACAUGUCUUCCUUCUAUCAAUGCUUUGUGAUAACUGCAAAGUAAAUGUUGUCAAACUUGACUAAAAGGUUGCCAAAAGUUGUGGAGAAUUCUUAUUGUUGAUGCUUACUGAACCACAGGUUACGUUUAUCUUAAAACUAGGACCAAUCAUGCAGCUGUCAACUUUAUUAAGCCAAAAUUUCCACUUUUAGCGAAAAUUCCAUCUGAGAUAAACACAUUUUUGGUGGCUGCAGCGAUUAGAAAACAGAAAAGCAGCAUCAGGAAAGCAUGUGUUUUUGUCAUCUUGAAUAUGACAAUUUAUUUUUUUUUUCUGGUGUUUUCCCUUACUUUUUAUUUUGUGCUGCUUUGUCCAGAUGUGCUCUUCUUUCUGUGUCCAUCCUAGCUUCCUGCUCAUCUGUUUCCCUUUUAACCAUACUCUUCAUUCACACCCCACAUGGUAUCUCUUGUCCUGUAUUGCUUAAUUCCCUUGUACCUGUAGAUACUUCUGAGAGUUCAUCAGCACUCUACAUUGUAAAUGUUGAAAGAAAUGGAAAAGUUAUUUAUACCUGGAAGGGAAAUCAGAGAAAUACUCACAUUGGAUUGUACGAUCUUCAAACUAAACAAAACGAGCACCUCUACAUGUUUGAGAAGGAUCUAUACAUAAUCAGUUGUUCGAUCAACAAUGAAAGGACGUUACUGGCGGUCAGCUUCCGUCAAUAUACAGAGGAAGAAAGAGUAAGUCGGCUGUUACAGUCAGUAUCCAAGUAUUUAACCUUGCUAAUUGAAAUUCAUCCCAUUAAUAACGUGAGAGUCCUAAAGGCUGUGGAUAGCUGUGUUCGAGUACAGUUUCUUUAUCCAGUUGAAGGCAGAAAUGCUUCUACAGAAAGUCGCCUCUUGCUAGUUUCAGAAGAUAAAUAUAUUGAACAAUUUGACAUUCAUGUUGGUGUGGAAGAGGAACACAAAGUGGUGAUUCAGAACUCGGGUCAGCUUCCAAGAGCCAGAGUGGUGGAUGAUCUCAUUUGGGCACAAUGGGAUAUGAUGGAACAAAGGCUCUUCUACAUUGUUCCAAAGGAAUCAAAGAGUACGUUAAAAUGUGUCCAGUUUUAUCCUGAUGAAAAUUUUAACUCAAUACUGGAAUCACAUCUGGAUAUUUCUGUAAAUGACACACAAUUAAAACUUGUCAAUUUUGGAUAUGAUUACUGUCAAGACCAAGAUGUUGCAUCUAAAUCUUUGAAUCUUCAGGUUUUUACAAGUAAAGCAGGAAGCUUGUGUGUGUGUUGUAGUCUAGCCUCUGAUACUCCUGAUGAAAUAAUGUACUCCAUAUAUUUUUUACAUAAAGGUUACAACAAAACUUUUACAGUUUCUCUAGAAAGAACAGAAUCUCAUCAAUUGAAGGAAGUGGCUUUUAUGAAUCUUGAUUAUUAUGUGGCUGCUUAUUUGCCUGGACAGUUCCUGCACCUCCUGAAUAUUCAGCAUCCUGACCUGCUGUGCUAUAGUUUAUUUCUGACAGGUGAGGAAGCAAGAAUUGACAUGUUGCAAAACUGCUCUAUCCGAUCCCCACUCAUGUCAACAGUCUUGGAUUGCCACAUAGGAAGUAUGUAUGCCGUGAGCAUCAGAGACAGCACCUUACUACAGUUCCUACAGAACAGCAAACGAGAUAGCGAGAGAUUGGCAGCUCUACAUUGUGCUCUGCUGCACUUCCAGCACACGGAAGACUUGGAAAUGCAGAUUAUUUGGUGGAUUUCUGAGAACCUGUCAACAUGUCAUUCUUUUGACCCCAUUCAAGAAUUUAUCAUUGCCUCCCUGUACUGCAGAAUGUGUUCAGAAACUCACAACCUGGAUAAACUUUUGCCCUACACAUCACUGCUUGACUGGAUUGGGAUUAUCCCUGGAGUAACAUGUGCAACAGACAUUAUUUCUCUACCUGUGUUAGAGUUCCAAAACUCCAAAGGAUUCUGGGAGAAACUCAACUCAAACUUGGAGAGUGUGAAGUAUGCAGAGCCACACUUGCAUUACCACAGUAAUGUGCUCAGGAGGGAAUGGCGUAACCUUUCAGAAGAGAGAGAGGAGAGAAGAACCACAGCAUAUUUGAGGAAUAUUUUUGAAAAUGCCAAAAAGGUGCUUUCUCAUCUGGACACUUGGGACUCUGAGGAAAGGCUAGUACCUCUCUUUCAAGAGGAAGAUUAUCAGCAGCAAUUACUAAUGGGACUGAUGGUUGCUCAGCUAAAGGAUCACCUUAUGAGACAUCUGCAGUAUGUAGGAAAAAAGAAGAUUGACCAAAUAGUUUUGGAUUACGUUGCAAACCUGCUGAAUCUGGUACAUCGAAUAAUGAAAGAAGUUUGGAGGAGAUACCAGCUUCAUUCCUGCAUCUUCUGCUUUGAUGAGAGAGGAAGUACAGGAGAGUUUGCAGUGUUCCACAUCAUGAGUCGGAUUCUGGAAGCUGCAAAUGGCAUGUGCAUGCCUUUACCUCCUGGUUUUCACACUCUGCACUUGGGGCUUGGUGUUCGAUGUCUCCCUCUGCACACCCUCCUGCACUAUAUUGAUAAUGGAGUUUUGCAUUUGACAGAAACAUGUGUUAGGAAAUUGCUCAAAGAUCUGGACGACACUGAGAAGAAUGAAAAGCUGAAGUUCAGUAUUGUCAUGAGGCUUCCCGAGGCUCUUGGUCAAAAGGUCCGCCAGUUUUGGAAUCAUCCGAUAAAUGCUAAUUUCAUUGCACGGAAAUAUGUGAAACUUUUGCUUGAGAAGCUGGGGAACAGGCAGUGUAGCAGGCCUAUCCCUGAGAGGCUCUCAGUCCCCGUAGAGUUUUUGCCACUUAACUACCUGACUAAUAUGCUGGCAGAGGUAGAGAGUCAAGGUGUGCAUCCAUAUGAAAAACAAGAUCACGUUAAUGUAAGAUUUGUGGAGGAAACGGCACUCAAACACACUAUGACGCUUUUGGGCCUCAAAUAUUCCUGAAAGGACAUGCUGUUGAAGAGGGCUAACUGUGGUAUUCUUAGGUAAAAGCAUUCACACAGAAGUGUGCAACCAACUUUUUUGUGUGUUUGUUUAAACUUAAAUGUCAUGUUGUUUUCCAAAUGACCUGCAGUUUUGUGUAGCCACCAUUACUGACAUAAGCUACUCGAAAUACUCUUUUGUAUUGAGGCUUCUAGAUAAAGCCUGGAGAAAUUCAUCUGACACAAACCCAGGUUUCCAAUGGAAGGUAUCUGUGGUUUCAUUGUUUCAUGUGGAAGUGGUCAAAGAAGCGGAACUACAGCGAGUACCAAAACGUGCUGUGAAAAUGGUGUGAAUGUCAGCUAUUUUAACAGGACGGAUAAUCCUGAAAAAGGUAGUCCAGUUCUAUUGUACGGUAACAAGAAACCAGUAACUGUUUACUCAUUUAGAUUAAUAACAGGAUUUCUUGGCGUGUUUAUGUAAAGCAGGUAAGAAUAACAAAUGAUGAAUUAGUCUCUGUAUGUAAUGCAUCACUAACGAUGUAUUCAUUCCUUGUGUUAUGGUACUUCUGCCUUUGGGGUUGGAUCCUAAUAUAUUCAGUUUUGUAAUUAGCACAAAUAUAAUCUUAUUAAAGUGCACAUGACAGGUUUUGGUGUUGUUUUUUUUAAGUUAUGUAUACUAUAUUGUAAGCAAUACAGGGUAAGAAAAAAGUUCUUUAGAAAUUUACCUUAACAGUGACUUGGACAGAGUUUUACUUAAUUCUUUCCUUACAACUUUUAGUGUUACAGUUCAAACC